UCUAAACCUACGCAUUGUAAUUGGCUGCAACUCUAUUGCCUAAGGAGACAUCUACGUCUGUUUCGCGCUUAGCCGCACUGUAAAUUGCGAUGCCACUCGCAGUGUACAAAGACGGGCUGUUCGUCCCCCUCUCCUUCAGGGCGCCGCCGAACCCUGGGUUGAAGGCCAUGGUAAUGUUGUAUAUACUUACGUGUCUUCUACUCGGCUGACAAGCACGACCUUAAGGCCCCUAUUUUUAGUCUUUCCCCGUCACUCCUUUGAAUACGGAUUCGCCCGCUGGCUGCGACACACCAUGCGAGCUUUUUCGACUCUCGCUCUCGCAGCACUGCUGGGCGCUUUCACGAGCAAUGCCUCGCCGUUCGCCAAGAGAAGACCAGUUUCUGAGACGCUCCUCGCCGACAUGAAACUCAUGAGCCAGUACGCAUCCGCCGCAUACUGCAAGCCCAACAUCGACUCGCCGGGUGGCACCGUUUACUGCGGCUCUGGAAAAUGCCCGCUGGUGCAAGCCGCAAAUGUGGAGAGCCUCGAGGAGUAUUCCGAAGCGGAAACAUCGACAGAUGUAACGGGGUAUAUUGCCGCAGACCACACGCACAAGCUGCUGAUCGUAGCAUUCCGCGGCAGCAGGACGCCCGAUAACUGGAUCACCAACUUUGACUUUGCCAUGAUGCCGACAACGCUGUGUCCCAAGUGCGUUGCGCACAGCGGCUUCUGGCGGUCGUGGACCGACGCCCGGCGGCGCGUUGUAUCCGCGCUCAAGAACAGCACAGCGCAGUACCCAGGCUACCAGAUCCGGGUGACGGGGCACUCGCUGGGCGGCGCCGUAGCGACGUUUGCAGCUGCAGGCCUGCGCACCGAAGGCUUCGACGUAGCCAUGUACACGUUUGGCGCGCCGCGCAUCGGCGGACCCAGCGUCAGCGACUUCAUCAGCAAGCAGGCUGGCGGCAAUUACCGCAUCACGCACUGGAACGACCCCGUAUCUCGGAUCCCGUUUCUCACCAUGGGCUACGUGCACGUCACGCCAGAAUACUAUAUUGAUGUGAAAAAUAAGCAGGAAGUGCGUACGAGCGACAUCAAAGUGCUCGAUGGGUCCUGGAAUCUCAAGGGAAAUGCAAAGUGGCUGGCCAUGGACCCGGAGGCGCACAUGUGGUUUUUCCAUCAUUUGAAUGUGUGUGGGGGGAAGAAGAGCAAGAGGAGGGGUGCGCUUGCGGAGGAUAUGCAUGUGAUUGCUAGGUUCUGAGAUGAAGAUAUGGGAUUAAGGCUAUAUAGGAAAAGAAUGAAAAAAAAGAAAUAGCU